GCAACACAAACAUACAAAUUAUAUCGCAAACACAAAUUGUAUUUUUAUACAAUUGAAUUGAAGUUACAUUCUUUAAUUUGCGUUGAUGGAGCUUUGUAAGGGCAGCAUGCGGGUGUGUCGUCAUUCUUUGUUAGGGUUUAGAGUUUCAAUUCAGAAAAAAGAUAAUAUUCAGUUUCAGUUUCGAUUCUGGCUGGGAUGCAUUUAAUUGAGCUUGUCUAUUUUGAGUUGAGCUGGGCUAUUGCAUUUGAGGUAGCCGAUGGACACAUCUAGAAAGCAAUAAUGUUUUUAUGGGGAGAAAUUAACUUAGCGAAGCCAAAUGAUUUGGCAGAAAACGGAGCCUCGGAGAAUGGAAUUCAGUUCGUACCAACGACCAAACCAAUAAUAACGAGUUUCUCUGCAACUAAUUCAACGGUGGCGUUUUCCAAAAGUGAUGGAACUUCAUACUUUCUUCGGCGGCAAAGGGACCAAGAUGGAAUUGUGACAUUCAGUGAAACCAAGAGCGUCAAGUGCAAACACGUUGUAGCUUCAAGUUCAGGAGACUCUAUUCUUCUCCUGCUGUCCCGGGAUGGCUCCGUCGUCUAUGUGGAACUCGGUGCAUCCGCCAUUCCAAGAUCGCUCCAAAACAUAAAAAAAAGGAUAAUUCAGGUCGCAUGUGGAGACCAACAUUCCAUAGUUUUAACUGAAGAUGGACAAGCAUUGUCUUGGGGCAGCAACGCUCGGGGGCAACUUGGUCUCACCCCCCCAGAGACCUCUGUCGUCCCGUCCCCUACACCAGUGGCAGCCCUGUCAGGGGUACCCCUAGUCCAGGUCACCGCUGGGGGAGCCCACACUCUGGCCUUGUCUGUCUCUGGAACCGUAUUCGGCUGGGGGCAGAAUGACGCCGGGCAACUGGGUCUUGGAGACACGACAGACAGAUAUACUCCAGUGACAGUUGAUUCUCUCAACCUUAAGAAGACCGUUUCCAUUUCAUGUGGUGAAAGACACACUGCUGUUCUGACAAAGGGAGGUGUGGUGUUGACCUUUGGCAGUGGUGCCUGUGGGCAGCUGGGACACAACUCUCUGCUGAAUGAGCUGACCCCUCGUGUGGUGGCUGAACUCUGGGGCGCAGCGGUCACCCAGGUCUCCUGUGGCAGCAACCACACCAUGGCAUUAGUAGGCCCAACAAAGAAGAUCUAUUCAUUUGGUCGUGGAGAAGAAGGCCAGCUUGGAAACAGGCUCACCACAGACUGUUCGGUGCCUCUGCCUGUUCUGCUGCCUCAUGAUGACCGGAGUAUUCAGCGAAUAUUUGCUGGAGGAAACCAAUCUUUUGCCCUCUGUUCUCUCAGUCAGGAGCCUGAGAAGGUUCUUCCUGGGAUUAUUACAGUUCUGGAUAUGGACACCAUUGACUUCUGGCUCUCAAAGUGUAAGCAAUCGAAAUCAUGGCAGCAAAUCAAAAAACAGAUCAAGGAUAUAUUCUCAUCUGCAUCUUCCUUGAACGCCAGCUUUCUUGACAGAAGCGCUGACAAGCACUACCAGACCUCACCCAGCUGCUCUGGCUUGGACUUGGUUCUUGUCAACAAAGCUCUGGCCAAGCUAGCAACAAACACUGAAGUGCUACUGGAGGUGGAGACCGUCGUCCGAGACUGUCUCCUGCCCUCGUUGACUGGGCAGCCGGUCGGGUUGGAAGGCCUGAGGGUUUACUACCUGCUGGUGGAGCUGCUGCAAGUGCUGCUCAGAGACCACUUUGGUGAAAUGCUUUCCGUGAGGGUGGCUGAUGCCUUCCUCUCUCUGCACCAAGACAGACUGGAAGUCCUCGUUGGACUAUGGUCCUGGACACCUAGCUUCUUCCGAACCGCAGUCGAGACCUUCUGCAACGUGUCCAGGAAGCACCUCUCAUCCAUAGAUGUGGGGACCAUCUCGAGAACCGUUUUCUUUAUGAAGACGGCAGACAUUUUGCAAAGGCUUCAUUAUGCCAGCAGUAGCGGUUCACGGUGCCUCGAAGAUAGUGUUUUCCAUGUGACGAUAGACAUAGAUAAAUUGGGAGUAAUGUAUCUCUUCAAUUGGAUGGUAGAAAUGCAAAGAUCCCAUACUGAUCUGGGGUUGGUGGAAGCCAUGGAUGAGACACUUACAGCCCUAAAAUCUAUUGAGAGUUGCCUAUUCCGUCUGGUGAAGUACCCUUGCAUUCUACCCAUAGAAUGCAAGAUGAAGCUGUGGAUCAGUCAUCUGAAUAGCAUCAAGUAUUUGCAGGCAGGAGUCUUUCAAUUCAAUGUCAACCGGGGCACAGUGCAGCAGGACACUUUUCAAUUUCUGCGGACGUCAUCCCAUGACCCAAAAUCAAAGCUUCAGGUGAAGUUUAAUGGGGAAGAUGGUGUUGAUGAUGGAGGUGUGUCAAUGGAGUUCUUUCACCUCCUUGCUAAAGAACUUCAGAAGGCAGAACCACAAAUACUAGAAGUGAACGUGCACGGAGUGGCCUGGUUCAGCAAGAAUGUCGCCCAGCUGACUGAUGAGUUCUUCCGACUGGGCACGCUCUGUGGCAUGGCUCUGUAUAACCAGUGCCUGAUGAACAUCCCCUUCCCCUUUGCUCUCUUCAAGAAGCUCCUGGGCUUGAAGCCAACCCUGGACGACCUCAUGGAGCUGUCGCCAACUGUUGCACAAAGCUUAAAGGAACUGUUGGACUAUGAAGAGGAGGCUGUUGAGGACCUACAGUUAGAUUUUGGAGGGGAUGCAGAAGGUUUGGAUCUUCUACCCAAUGGACAGUCCAUUCUAGUGACCAAAGUCAACAGGCAGAAAUAUGUGGACCUCCAAGUGGACAUGGUGUUCAGCCGCUCGGUGAAGCAUCAGUUCAGGAAGUUUGAGAGAGGCUUCUUUAAAGGCUGCCCUUCACCUGCAUGGAGAAUGUUCCUCCCUGAUCAACUCAUGACGCUCCUCAAAGGAGAGGAGAUCUUCAACUGGGAUGGUCUGAGACAGAAUGCAAAAUAUGAAGGCUGCACAUCCAAUGAUGAAGUCAUCAAAAACUUUUGGAUUGUCUUGGCAGAGUUCUCCGUGGAGCAGAAGAAGGACUUCCUCAAAUUCCUAUCUGGAACGGACAGAAUUCCCAAAGUUCGCAGUUCAACAAUCAAGAUAAUCAUCAAGUUGUCGUGUUACCCAGAGCCUGAGCUGUACUAUCCAAUGGCCGCAACAUGCUACUGGACUUUGAUUCUCCCCAACUACAGGAACAUCCAAACACUUCGUCAGAAACUCCUUCAUGCGGUCAAGCAUUGUGAUACUUUUGGAUUACAAUGAAAUAGUUUAACCUAAUCGAGACUGCUACGUAUGGUGGCAUAUCAAUGGACAAAUUUGCUGCCACUUUUCUUGAUUAUAAUUCGAAUCAUAUAAAUUUUACUUGUGGUCGGUGGACCACACAAUUCUGAAAUUGUGUCAAAGUAGAAAGCUGGCUUGUGUUAAUUGCACUAGAGACAGUGUUUCCCCUAGGAUUGAGCUACAGCAGCGGCGUUUAAAUGGAUUUUUUUCGCUUGCAAAUCUUUUUGUGUGCUCGCAAAGCGCUCCCUGCCGGGAGGUUUCUAUGCAUCUUCCGGCACCAAAAGGGUGUACAUACAGUACAUUUGUGCACAGUAAUGAGCAGGGAAAAAUAUGGAGAGAUUAAACAUAAUACAAGUAUAAUCUUUAAAACAACUAUUUACAUUUAUUUUACAAAAGAUAUAUUAUAUCAACAACCACCCUAUACAGUAAAAUCACAUAACGCAAAUACUACAACAAUCAAAGCAUCUUCCCCUCUCCCCACCACAAAGGUCGUAGUAGGACCAUAAAGAGGCAAUGCUUCUGUUGAACAAGUUUUGGGGCUCUAGAGUCAAUAGUGGCGACGCUACUGAAAUUGUUGCUGUUAAAAAUGAAUAUUGACAUUUUUGUUAAAAAGAAAUUCCUUAAAUAUAAGUAGAAAUAUAUUUUUCAAAACUAAAGGUUGCAAUAACCAUGCCUAUAUGGAAAACAUUUUGAGGCUCUAGAGUCAAUAAUGGAGCUCCUCUCAGUUGUGCACUUUGCAGACGGUCCCUAAGCUCGCGGCUGAAAGCCUACAGCUCACAGAAGCCAAUGCAAUUCACCGUUCCCUAAAGACGGCUUGUUUGGAUGAAAACCAUGUUGUUGCUGAUUCUAUAGGUUACAACAUUACUAAAGGUGCUUAGCUAGAGGUGUCAAUUGUGUCGCAACGAUGUUUCACUGAUGAUCUAUUGAACCGCAAACUCUGAAUCUGCCAAUAGAUUGUCUGUCAAAUUAUUUCCAACUUUACGGAAGUUCCUCUCCGUUCAUAUGCUUUACUCACAGGUGUGUGAAUUGACCUGGAUAUGAAGCAUCCAUAGCACAAAAUAAUAUUUGUCUCUAAAGAGAAGACGGAGCUCUCCUCUCCUCUCCGUUCAUAUGCUUUACUCACAGGUGUGUGAAUUGACCUUGAUAUGAAGCUUCCUUAGGGCAAAAUAAAAUAACAUUCGUUUUUUAAAGAGAUAAGGCGGAGCUCUGCUCUCCUCUCCGUUUAUAUGCUUUACUCAAAAGUGUGUGAAUUUACCUGGAUAUGAAGCGCAUAUUUAACCAUUCAGAGGAAAUCAGGCCUACUGUAGGCUUAUGUAAAUAAGAUUAAAGAUGUCUAGGAUAGUAUAAAUGAUAACUUUAAAUGGCAGGUGUACUUUGCUUUUGAUGGAGCCAUUAUGUUAUAUUAAUAAAAAGCUUUUUAUUGAUGGGCACCUUUCAGGCCACUUAAGCACACCUUACAUGCAUAAUUAAUAAAAUAUUAAAAACACUUGGGUGGAGCGCGUGUUUGUCCCUUAUGUGAAAGAGCUGGAAAGAGCUGGAGUAACGAAUAAGAUGCAGCUGGCCAGGGCGCUGAGAGGUGAUGCAUGAUGGUGACACGGCAGACAAGUAGAGGAGCAUGAUGGACUGGGAUCUGAUGAGGAAACAAAGAUUUUCUAACUUAAGAUAAAAUAUACUCUGAAGUUUCCAGUUUCUGCAAACAGAAGAGAAGGGGUUUAGUUAAGGCUUUGUAUCAUCAAUAAGAUAGACUGUGACAAACAAUCAAUAACAAACAAAAAAUAAAACUAAGUCUUAGUUUAAAGCCCACUCACCACGUCAAGGUGCAGGCCAAGAGUGGGAACAUAGAACAAAGACUCACAUCACAAACUCAGACAGUCAAAACAUGCAAAAAACAUAUAAGAAACCUUUACAUAAAUACGAGACCAUAAGAUAUGUUUGGGUUUCUCUUGUUUUAUCUUAAAAACAAAAUACACAUAACAUUAAGAAAAUAAGGGAAGAAAAUAAAAGUAAUAAUAGAUAAAGCUAAACUCAGUGAUGGGCAUACAUUUAAAUGUACAAAGAUUACAGAGGUCACUGAUCGGAUGUGCUGUUAAAAAAUAAAUGCACUAUUAAACUAUGCCUUGUGCUCCGUUAUGCAAGCUCCAAGUCUACAAUUAAACAAUGUCUUUUUGCACUUUUGAGUGCUUUGUGCCAACUUGUGCUCAGUCAUGCAAGCUCCAAGUGUUACACUGCUUAAGAAACAGAUUCCUUCCAACUAACUAUUUACGAAAAAUGCAAUCAAUAUCGUAUGUACAAAUAAAUAGUUACAUUUGAACCAGCAACGACGUUGGAGUGGCCUACACACAUUAAUAAUUGUAAUACACCAACAUUGAUAACUGUCAUACAUAGGUAGCUAAACAAGCAAAUGAAAAAUGUAAUACCAACGCUGAAAUUUUAAUUUGACUAUUAACAAUAAUAUAAAAUGAUACCGUAAUGCACCUGUUCUUUGCCUUUGGAUCUUUUGAAUAAUUGGAUCAAUAUAUGGUGAAUCACAAUGAUCGCAAGCAGAGGACCGUGAGAGUUAUUGAGCAGCAGAUGAACCAGUCUAAAAAUCGGGCACGUUAACGGAGCACUGAACUAGGCCCUCUCGGAUGCCAGGUCGAAACAACAUUUGUUUCACUACGACUCCUUACAGCUGCACACCCCUCCUUCUCCAGCAAAAAAUAAUUAGAGAGAACGGCUAAUAAAACGCUUGAGGUGGCGUUUUGAAAAGAAAAAACUAUCCAGACAUUUUUUGCGGAGACACAUUCCUGUUCCCUACUUGUAUUGGAGUGAACGGAGAUAUCUACUUCUGGGUCCCUUGAAUCGAGGGACCGGUCCACAGCCCGCUUAAACAGCUGCAAUACCAGGCUUGGCCGCUGAGCACUGGUGGAAUGCGGAAGUAGGCACUGUUCCUGGGGGCUUGCUGUCCAUCCAGACCAAUCUUGCUUUUGUCCGCCAUCUUGGAUCCCUCAGGUGACCAUAAUCAAGGCCAAUCAAGGGAGCCACUCCCACAGUUAGCACGACAACCAGUUUCCCACCAAAAUAACAUUACCCAACAGUAGGAUCGUGACAGUAUUUUAAAGAGAUAAGCUGAAGCUCUCCUCUUCUCUCGUUAAAAAAAAGAAAUUCAUGAAAUUCAUCAUGCAAAAAACAACAACAAAAAACAUAAAAUUCAUCAUGUAUAUAGGGGAAACACUGAGGGAGCUGGUAUGUGCUAAGCUAACAACCAACAACAAUGAUCAUUAACAAUGCGUAAAGCUUAAUGGCUUUGUUCCAGAAGAGAAAAAAAGCUAACAGUCUAAGUUUGCAGUUUUAUGCAAUGCCAUGCUGAUUGCAGUGUUGGGAAAGUUCACUUUCUACGUGAACUAGUUCAAAGUUCAGUUCACAAAUUUUAAAAUGAACUAGUUCAGUUAAACGCUCAUAAUUCAUAAUUUUUAACUAAGUUCACGGUUCCAAAGAGCCUCCUUGUGGUUUGUCUAGGAUUAAAUAGAGUGGUUGAAUCAGGUAUCGUAGCGAAAUACAGUUUCUGUCGUGUAAAUCCCAUUGAUUUUGGUUGGAAGACUUUUUGCUUGUUGGGCAGAAAUGGAAAGGGGGGGUCUUUACGUUUGGUUGUAGUCUUUUCGCUCGGUUCUAGCCCUACUGUUGGGACGGAGAACCGAGAGAAAAGACUACUACCAAACAUAAACAGCCCCCCUUUCCGUUUCCGGCCAACAAGCAAUGCUUCUAGGAGGUAUUCUAGUCUGCUGAGCUAUGAGCCAGAGAGCUAACGUUAUGGAUUGUACAUAAUUAUAAUUCGAAAUUCGUCUCAGCCUUUAUACCACAGAUACUCUAGGGUCUAUAGCAUAUAACCGUGUUGUCUGAUUACAGUUUAAUUCAUUUUUAACAAUUGAACAGCUCUCGUUUUGAAGAAUAAUCACCUCGCCAUUAGUUUGAAUUGGAAUCGUGACGUCUAUACUUUCAAUAUAAAGUGUACAUAUUUAUAAUUUGAAAUUCGUCCCAGCCUUUAUACGACAGAUACUAUAGGGUCUAUAGCAUAUAACCGUGUUUUCUGAUUACAGUUUAAUGUAACAGUAAGCUGACAACACCGCAACUGCAAAUUAACCACACGGAUAUAACCAUGGCAACCGGUCAAACAAGACGGCGUUCUGCGCGCGCAUCCGCCGUGUUGAUAAACAAAUAACCACCCUAUUGAACGAAGUUAAGCCACGUGAGCGGGCUGUUCACAGACCCCAGAAUGAACGAGUUCACAGUAACGUUCAUCAGGCAGUAAUACAGUACGUUCGGUUCAUGUUCGCCCAAAAUAUGAACGAGUUCAUGAACUAUCGUUCAAUGAACGCGUUCAGGCACAACACUGUCCGAUUGGAUGCUUAUGUUAUUGUAUUUACACAGGUAACACUGCAUUGUUCUUGGUAAACCAAGAACCAUGAAUUAAUAAUGUUAUGAAGAAAUCAUCAUGAAUAAGUAAACGACUUAUUAAUAUGAUCACCAAAGGCCUGCAUUAACAACGGACUAGUGAUAGUAUUCAUUUUCAAUUGUACAGUAGACAUGUGAUUAUAUGUUGGAAAUUUAUUGAAUAAUGUUGCUGCUUUGAUUACUAUCAGAAUGUAAAAAGGUAUUGACUACAAGGUUAAUAGAUUAAUAAGAUUUACUUUUUGAGUGACUUUCUAUGCAACUAUGUACACUGGUGGUCAAAGGCUAAUGUCUUAGCAAAAGAGUUUCUGUUGAAUUAACUAUAAUUCUUAACAAAUUACAUUUUACAACACAUGCUUUUCACAAUUAACGCAUUUACUUUUCACUGUAUUUGCAAAUAUACCUGGGAAAUAAAAUAAU